AUAAAAAGGAAGGAGAGAAAUAACUUUAAGAUCUAACAACCAAACACAAACGCAAACACAAAACACAAACAAAAAAAUUCUCUCUCUGUUUGCAAUCAAUCAGAUUCAUAUCUUUCUACUACUGUGAACUUGGAAGACAUACACAAAGUAUGGCUCUGGAAGUGGUAGGUGGAGCUUUCCUGUCUGCUUCCCUUCAGCUGCUGUUUGAUAGGAUGGCUUCAAAGCAGGUGGUUGACUUCGUCCGUGAAAAGAAUGUGGAUGAUGAGCUGCUGCACAAGUUGAAGAUCAAGUUAUCGUCUAUUAAUAAAGUGUUGGAUGAUGCUGAGAAGAAGCAACUCGCUGAUCCUGCUGUGAGGAAAUGGCUGAAUGAGCUCAAACACACGGUCUACAAUACAGAGGACUUGGUGUAUGAGAUCCACACUGAAGCUUUACGAUGCGAGAUCGAAGGUAAGCCUCAUCUACUCAGCUUCUUCUCUACUAGAUCUUAUGCUAAGCAAAUAAACCAAAGGAUAGCCAAGAUCCUUGACACACUUGAAUAUAUUGUGCAACAAAAGGAUCUGAUUGGUUUGAAAGAAGUAGGCCGUGUGGAAAACAAAUCUUCACCUAGAGUUUCAAUAAUAGUACCACCUUUGGAAGACGAAUCUGGUAUCUAUGGUAGGAAUGCUGAUAAAGAGGCCAUUGUUAAUUGGUUGCUCUCAGAUUCUGAUACUGGUAAUAAUAUAUCUGUAAUUCCCAUUGUGGGCAUGGGUGGGCUGGGCAAGACCACCCUUGCUAAGCUCGCUUACAAUGAUUUCAGAGUAAACAACUUAUUUGACAUCAAAAUGUGGAUUACAGUAUCUGAUGAGUUUGAUGUUUUUAUGUUGACAAAAACAAUUCUGGAAAAGGUCACUUCUCGAACAUGCUCUAUCGAGGACCAAUACGACCUGCAACUUAAGUUGAAGGAGGUUUUGGAAGGCCAAAAGUUUCUCUUGGUUCUUGACGAUGUUUGGAAUGAGAAUUAUGACCGCUGGUAUGCAUUGAAGAGUCCACUUGAAUUUGCAGCGUGUGGAAGUAAGAUUAUUGUGACAACACGUAGUGAAAGUAUUGGAUCAAUGAUGGGCAAUGUUCCAAAUCAUCGUCUUCAAGUAAUAUCAGAUGAAGAUGGCUGGAAAUUAUUUGCAAAACACGUAUUCAGUAAUAAUAAUGUGGAGCCAAGUAAAUAUUCAGAUUUGGAGGUGAUUGGUAAAAAAAUUGUUGAAAAAUGCCAAGGUCUUCCUUUAGCAAUAAUUUCACUUGGUGGUCUUUUGCGCUCCAAACUCAAUUCCAAGGAGUGGGAAAAAAUACUCAAGAAUGAUAUAUGGGAAUUGAUUGAUGAAAAGAAGUGUGACAUUCUUCCAGCUCUAUGGUUGAGCUAUUACUAUUUGCCUCCAAAUCUAAAAAGAUGUUUUGCUUAUUGCUCAAUUUUUCCAAAAGAUUUUGUUUUCGGAAAAGAAAUAAUAAUUUUAUUAUGGAUGGCAGAAGAUCUUCUGCAGCCUCAAAAAUACAAGACUCUAGAAGAAGUUGGAGAUGAGUACUUUAGUGAUCUAGUGUCAAGGUCAUUCUUUCAAUGUGAUGACGAUAAUUUUAUCAUGCAUGAUCUUGUGAAUGAUUUAGCUAGUUUUGUUUCAGGAGAAUUCUGUUUGAGAUUGGAUGAUAAUGACUCAAAAGUUGUUUCAAGUAAUGCUCGCCAUUUAUCAUGUAUGGGAUAUGGCCGUAGAAUCAAGAAUUUAGAGGCUCUUUUUGAAAAUAAGUUAUUGCGCACUUGGCUAACAAAUGAAUUAGAAUCAUUAGAUGUUGAACCGAUGCAAACAAUGCAAUGCCUAAGAGUGCUUCGUUGCAUUCCAAUCUCGCCGUUGCCCGAUUCUAUUGGAAAUUUAAAGCUUCUAAGGUAUUUGGAUUUAAGAUGGAGUGGAAUUGAAGCAAUACCCGAUACAGUUUGUACUUUGUACAACUUGCAGACCUUAAUAUUGAGAAAUUGUUACCAAUUUAGAUGUUUGCCUAAUUCAAUUGGCAAUUUAAAAAAUCUAAGGUACUUGAACUUGUCUGGAACCGCUGUUAAACAGUUACCCGAGACGAUAUGCAAUUUGCCUGAUUUGCGUACAUUGUCAUUGUCAUAUUGUCCUAGCCUUAGUCGCUUACCAAACAGUAUGGCAAGACUGACCAACUUGCGCCACAUCAACAUUGAGGAGACUUAUUUAGAAGAGAUGCCACCUCAAAUGUCUGCGUUGAAAUUUCUUGAAAAACUAAGUUAUUUUAUCGUAGGCAAAGAUAGUGGAUCGAGUAUUGAAGAGUUAGAAAAGCUUUCAAAUUUGCGUGGUAGUCUUGGCAUCAAAAGGCUAGAGAAUAUUGUAAACGUUGAGGAUGUUUCAGUGGCAAAUGUAUUAAUGGAUAAGAAGUACCUUACGAGACUGAGUUUGGAGUGGGACAAUGAUGUUGAUGAUUCACAUAAAGCAAAAAGGUUAUUAGAAAGACUUGAACCUCGAAUAAAUGUGGAAAAGUUGGCAAUUGCAAAUUAUGGAGGUACAAGCUUUCCCGACUGGGUAGGACGUGAUUUGUUCUGUCGUUUGGGAAAAAUGGAGCUAAAGAAUUGUAGAUAUUGUUAUUUGUUGCCGCCACUUGGACAACUUCCCUCUCUCAAAGAGCUGCGUGUGAAAGGGUUUGAUAUGGUGGAGAGAAUAGGGCAUGAAUUUUACUGCGGUGGUUCUUCUUCUAAUUCAAUGACUAGGCCAUUUAAGUCGUUAGAAGUCUUAACAUUUUCAGAUAUGUCAAGUUGGGAAGAGUGGUUGCUGAUGGAAGGUGAGCAAGAAGAUGGAGCUUUCCCUAAACUUACACGGCUUGAAUUAACAAAUUGUCCGAAGCUUGCCUGCUUGCCUGAUUAUCUUCCAUCCUUAAAUACUCUUGAAAUCUCGGGAUGCAAAAUGCUGCUGGCUUCACUCCAAGGUGAUCAACUUCCAACGCUCGAGUUGUUGGAAUUAUCUCACUGUCCAGAAGUGGAGUCAUUUCCAGAAGGGAGAUUGCCCUCCAAUAUCCAUACAAUCCGCAUUAUUUAUUGCGCAGAACUGGUCUCACUUUCGGAAGAGGGAUGGCCUUCGAAUUUAAAAUCACUUUCAAUUUCGGGAUGCGAUAAGCUAUUUAAUAUCAACAUGCAGUGGAAUCUGGGGAUGCUCACCUCUCUUACAUCUUUAAAAAUCAGCCAACAAUAUGUAGCACCGGAUUCAUUCUUGGAGGAAGGGCAACUUCCCAUCACCCUCACUUUUCUCACUCUACUUGGUAUUCCCAAUCUUAGAUCCCCACAUAGCAAGGCCUUUCGAAGUCUAACCUCCCUCAAAAAAUUGAAAAUUUGUAAGUGCACUAAUCUCCAGUGCUUGCCAGAAGAAGGUCUGCCUGCUUCUCUUGAACUGUUGUCGAUCGAGAGUUGCCCUUUGGUAGCUCAACGCUGCCAGAGGGAGAUAGGGGAAGAUUGGCCCAAGAUCGCUCACAUCCCUUGUAUACGGAUAGUUGACAGAGUUAUAUUUGAUGAUAUGUACUAAUUAUACAGAGAUGUCCAUCUUCUUCAAAAUUGUUCAGAGACAGGGCUACCUUGACGCUUGAGAAUUUCUUCCUGCAAUCUGUUGCUGUGCUUUUCCGAAGUACUUCUUUCCGCAUCUUUUGCUUAUCUGACUGUCCAUUUACAAAAUGUCCUCUAACAUGGCAAGAAAUUGAGGUGGCUCACAUUUUCUGAUAAAGGAAAAAGCCGGAUCCAUUCUUUAUUCCUCUGGCAAACACUAAUGUGCACCAGUUAACUCGUGUAAGGGGUUUCAUUUCCAAGUUCUAUCUAAUGCGGUCAUAGUAGCUGACUCAAUAUAUUGCCAAGCUUCCUGAAUAUUCUUCAGCUUGCUAUUGUUUAGGAUCAGAACUGUCUGACAAGAUGCUACAUAUAUUUAGAUCGGCAAAUUAGUGACCUUGCUAUUUGUGGUUAUAUGGGAAAUCCAUGGAAUACCUCAAAUCAUGAUUGGAGCCUCUAUGGGAACAAGUAGAAAUCAAACGCAUUUGGAAAUUGAUAACUGUUUAUGUGAAGAUGGAAACAAAAAGCAUUUAAAAAAUGUCUUCAUGUGAAAAACACCAUUGAAGAUUCUUCCUUUGCGUUGGAUAUCUAGCUUGUGCUAGGAGGAGAAAGCUGAUCACAUUACUCUUGCCGUUUCGAAAGCUUGGACAACUUUCUGUAUGCCACGUUUGCAAGAAACCAUUCUUUGUUUGUAUAGCGUUGUGAAGUCUGUUGUGCAGAGUAAAGACUUUUUUUCGUUAAAUGCAGAGUAAAGACCAGUCAUGCAUGUAGAGGGCUCACCUUUUAUCAAAUUAAUUAUGUCCAUUACUGGAAUGGAAUGUAUAAAGAUAGCAAGACUGUAUUUUCCUUUGGAUGAAUAAGGAAUUGUCAAAGUUGCCUCCAUUAAAAAUAUUAGGCCAACACUGUGGCGGUUAUAUUGUAUAACACUUAAAUAUAGACCGACAGAAAAUGGAUCAUACAAAUUUAUUCCAUAUUC